CCGCUGAGUUUCUCCAGCAUUUUUGUGUACCACAAGCCAAGACAAGGCAGGAUGAAGUGGAAGCUAAUUGUGGCACUGCCCUUCCUGCUCUCCCUGUUCAACCAUGGAUCUGCCCAGAGCAGGCCCAGGGGCUGUGGGCCUGACCUCCUGUCUAUCUACUUCAACCUGUGUGACCUGGACGCAGUGUGGGGGAUCGUGCUGGAGGCGGUGGCUGCCCUGGGAGUCAUCGUCAGCUUCAUACUGACGGUGAUGCUCCUGGGCAUCACCCCUUUCAUCGCCGACAGCCGCAAGAAGGCUUCCGUCCCCGUGCACUGCAUAUUCCUGCUGGCCACCAUGGGACUGUUCGGCCUGACCUUCGCCUUUAUCAUCCAGUCCGAUCAGAGGACUUGCCCCACCAGGGUCUUCCUCUGGGGGGUGCUGUUUGCCAUUUGCUUCUCCUGUUUGCUGGCCCAGGUGUGGAGGGUGCUGAGGUUGGUCAAGUCAGGGUCCGGGCCAUCCGCAUGUUGCAUGGUCUCCUUGGUCCUGUGCCUGACGUUAGUCCAAGUCAUCAUUGCCAUUGAAUACCUGGUGCUGGUCACCCGCUUCGGAGCCCCUUGCCAAUACGACAGCACCGACUUCACCAUGCUGCUCAUCUACGUCAUGUUCCUGAUGGCUGUCACCUUCAUCCUAUCCAUGUUCACCUUCUGUGGCCAAUACCCCAAGUGGAAGAAGUAUGGGGCCCACGUCUUUGUCACCAUGCUCCUCUCCAUCGCCAUCUGGGUGGUGUGGAUCGUCAUGUUGGUGAGGGGCAACGCCUCGUUGGGCAGGAGCCCCGCCUGGGAUGACCCCACCCUCAGCAUUGCCCUGGUGGCCAACGGCUGGGUCUUCCUCCUCUUCUACAUCAUCCCCCAGUUCCGCCACAUCACCUGCCCGGCCAAGACUGACGACGGGCCCAUGGAGAGCGCGCCCCCGAACCCCCGCAGCGCCGCCUUGGGUGGCGUGGACAACCAGAUGUUCACCUACGAGGAGCCAGGCAGAGUAUUCCCCAUGAGUCGUUCCAGUAUCGCCUCCUCACCCGCAUACAGUAGCAACAUCCCAAUGGAAAACAAUGUGUACAACGUGCUGCCGGAGUUUGCCAUCCCUCGCCCACAGACCAAGUCCAACUACUACCCCACACCCUUCCUGCAGGAUCCCUACCUCAACUACCAGAACAGGCAGACCAACUUCUAGAGGACUGGUGGACCGUGCAGGACCCCUAUCCCGAGCCCUGGACUUCAUGCGACACCACUGACCAUGCAGCUGGCCCUCCCGUCUCCACCGCUCACCUCCCUCACCAGUGUUGAAGACACGCAACCAUUGAUACAAUGGAUCUGUUGACUUUCAGUCGCUCCAUGGUUACCCGAUGCUUGGUUGCACAGUAGCACAAGGUGUUCAGCUGGCCAACACCUCUGUUUAUCCAAGGCCACAGUUGAAAAGAUAAAGUGAAUGAAUGGUUUGAUGUAUAAUAUGAAUCAGAUUAUCGGCACUCGGGAUCUCGCUGUUCCAACGAUGUACCUUCUGUCCAGCACUCUUGGCAUCGAAGGCCAUUGGAGCCAUACACAUCAAAUGCCGUAACGGACUCAAGAGGCUGCGUGGUCCUGUGCUCCGAGUUACAACUUCAUACGAUAGAACUUUAUUUAUCCCAGGAGGUGAAAAUGAACCAACAAGUCCAUAAAACUCAACAAGAAACAUGAAACAUGAAAUUACAGUGAUGAGUGGAAAGGAUGUGCAAAGAUUGGGGAGGGGGGGGGGGGAGGGUCAGUCUACCCCACGACAGAAGGGGGGUGGAGUUGUACAGUUUGAUAGCCACAGGGAAGAAGGAUGAGAAAAAGCAGCAAGAUGUUUCAGGGCGAGACUCUUCUGACUCUUUUCGAGACUGAACAGUCUGAAGAAGGGUCUCGUCCCGAAACGUCUCCCAUUCCUUCCCUCCAGAGAUGCCACCAGUCCCGCUGAGUUACUCCAGCAUUUUGUGCCCAGCUAGGACACGCACACACUAAAACCUGCCAACGCCACCCUUUCCACAUGCUUCACCUCCAAGCUCAAAGCGGGUGCGAUUAUGAGGCAGACUCUCGAACAGCUUCAUCUGCCAGAUCGGAGGCAAGCAGAGUGUGAGAUAAAGCCCCCAUCAAUGGUACUUUCUUGUGAAGGAAGGAACUGCAGACGCUGAUUUACACCGAAGAUAGACGCCAAAACGCUGGAGUAACUCGGCGGCUCAGGCAGCGUCUCUGGAGAGAAGGAAUGGGUGACGUUUCGGGUCGAGACCCUUCUUCAGACUUCAACCCAAAACAUCACCCAUUCCUUCUCUCCAGAGAUGCUGCCUGUCCCGCUGAGUUACUCCAGCAUUUAGUGUCUAUAAUGGUACUUCCAUCAAUGGAACUCCAUUGCCACAUGUACCGAGGUGCAGUCAAAUUCAUUUUGGGAUAAACUUCAGUACACUUAUCCAAGUGCACAUUAUAUGAUAUGUUAUUAUAUAUUAUUAUAUAUUAUAUAUUUAUGUUAUAUAAGCAAUACAUUAUAAGUAAAAUUAUACCAGUAUACAGAAGCACUUUGAUACAUCUUAGGUAUGCACUUCAGAUACUGUACAAGUGUUUAAUAGUUGUAUGCAGAUGCCAGCAAAAAUCGCCAGGCAUCAAAAGUUAAGAAUCCCAACUUCAUAUCUUGCAGCUCCUCUAGUAAAACAAGCCAGCUGAAGCGAGCGCUGGCUCAGAACGUGUCCGGAUUUGAUUUAGUUAUUUCGUUGUUUGGGCGGCUCGGUGGCUUGUCGUUAGAACUGCUGCCUUACAUCACCAGAGACCCGGGUUCAAUCCCGACCACGGGCGCUGUCUGUACGGAGUUUGUACGUUCCUCCCGUGACCUG